AUGGACCAACGCGGUGUCUCGCGCUCCGCACUGCUGGGGACCGCGCUUGCCCUGCUGAGCCUUGCAAGCCCCACCCUGGCCCGUACGCGCACAUACACCUACACAAAUAACGAGUAUCUGCCAGGAGCAACCUGCUUUGUACAACCCAUCUCUUUCGGCUCCAAUAACUUCUACUACGACGUCAGUGAAUGGAGGAGGCAGCGAGUCCUGUUCUGGCUGUCCCGCCUCUUCGUGUAUGGCACCUGCCUGCAAACGCGGAACAACGAAGGCUCCGGCUGCUCCAGCUCGAACCAGACGGUCAUCUCCGGCAGCACCUCCGGCAGCGGCGCGUCCUACCCCACCUCCAACACUGCAGCCACCUGCAACCAGGUGUUCAGCGGCGCGGCGCCGUCCGGCUCCACCCUGACGCUGCAGAGCGCGGGAAGUGGGGUGUUUGAUGCCGCCAGCAUCUGCGCCUACAACUCCCAGGGCUUCUUCUACAUCCAGAACAACUGCGCGGCGAGCACGGGGCAGAGCCUGGUCACCCUGCGCGUCGACGUCACCUCCUACUCCGGUUCCUGCAACAGCAGCAACUACGGGGGUUUGGCUCUGUGGGCCAAGGUCGUCAUUUCUGUGGGCGUCGUCGUCGCCCUCCUCGCCAUCGCCAGCCUCUUCUGGCGCCGGCGCCGGCGGCGUGUGAUGCUCUCCAGCGUGCAGAUGAACACGCCCGCCUACCCCGCCAGCCCUGCCUACCCUCCCAGCAACGGCUACCCCGCCAGCAACGGCUACCCCGCAAAUGCCAGUGCAUACGCAGGCGAGCCACCUGCCAAUGGGCAGCAGAAUGGCCCCGGCGGCAUCGUCACCGGGUACCCCAAGAUCUGA